CAGGGAUGCAAACUUGCUCAAGAAUUCCCCAAACUUCCAUAUCUCAACAUGGUAGACCACCACCUCCCGCCGGAGGAAACCGGCCACCACCACCACAAGGGCGAGAAGGCCGUCCACGCCGACGACCUCAAGCCAGCCCGCCGCCGCGGGUUCAACAACUACUACUACGGCGGCCACGCGGCCGGCCACGGCGGGGCGUUCCGCACGCUCUGCUUCGUCCUCCUCGUCAUCAUCCUCCUGGCCGGCAUCACCGCGCUCAUCCUCUACCUCGUCUACCGCCCUUCCACCCCAACCUUCGCCGUCACCUCCGUCGCCGUCUACUCCCUCGCCAACGCCACCGCCCCGCCGGCUGCCGGUGCUCUCGCCGGACCCGGGCCCGGGGCGUCGCCCGCGCUCAUGGCGGCGUCGUUCCAGGUGACCCUCGUGAUCCGCAACCCGAGCGGUCGGUCGGCGGCCACGUACGACACGCUGACGGCGUACGUGGCGUACCGCGGGGAGCCCAUAACGGGGCCCGCGUCCCUGCCGCCGCUGGCGCAGGAGCCACGCAGCGCCGUGGCGGUGGCGCCCGUGGUCGGGGCCGGCGCAGCGGUGCCCGUGCCCGUGUCGCCGGACGCCGCGGCGGCUCUGUCCAGGGACGUAGCGUACGGCGUGGUGUCGCUCCGGGUGGUGCUGCUCGGCCGCGUCCGCUACGUGUCCGGCCCGUUCCGGAGCGGGUGGCGCUCCCUGUACGCGCGCUGCGACCUGCUCGUCGGCGUCCGCAAGCAGGAGCGCGGCCGCGAGGCGCCGCUGUUCGGCAAUCCCUCCUGCGAUGUUAAUUAAUACGGAGUACUACUACUCCGUGUGCGAUACCGGCUGCGCGCGCGCCGCUGAUCCAUGUAUGAUCAUCAGAUAAACAGCUUGAUCUCCCUUGUACGCGCACAGUUACCGUGCUCUGCACAUGCAAGCAUAAAUGGAUAUUUGUAUGUUGGUAAUGUCAAAUAAUGCAAUGCUUUGGCCUGUAGGUACAUAAGAUUUCCGUUCA